CGAGGCGAGCCGUUUCCGGGGGCCGCGCCAUCACCCCGGCUGUGACCCCGCGCCUAUGGGGCCAAAGCGCGUGCCGAGUCAGAAUCGCGCCGAUCGUGCGGACGCGUGCGGACAACAGCCCGGGGACGGGACAGGACACGUUUUCGUCCAGCAUUGGCGCGCCGAACGAGUUCGCCGCGCCCCUCGACGCCAGCGGUGGUAGUGCAGCGGGUCGAUCCAAGCCGGGGGAUAGGCUCAGCGGCGACGGCGAGAACGACUGGCUCACGCUCACCCUACUGGCAGCCGUGGCCAUCUUCGUGUGCUACGCCGAUCGAUCCAACAUCAGCACGGCCAUCAUACCGAUGGCCAAGGACUUCGGCUGGGAUAAGAUCCAGACAGGCGGGGUGCUCUCCGCGUUCUUCUACGGGUACGCCCUCACGCAGCUCGUCGGAGGGCGACUCGCGGACUCCUUCGGGGGCAAACGCGUGCUGGCGCUCGGAGUCUUGGGUUGGUCGCUGGCCACCUUCGUGACGCCCCUGGCCGCGGCGGGGGGUGCCAUCCCGUUGGUCGCCGCGAGGGUCACGCUGGGCGCGGGAGAGGGCGUCGCGUUCCCGGCGGUGCACUCGCUCAUAUCGAGGCACGUGCCGAAGGACAGGCAGAGCACGGCCGUGGCGGCCGUCACCGCGGCUUCUUACGGGGGCGCCGCGUUUGCGUUUGGAGUGACGCCGGCUGUCGUGUUGGCGGGGGGUUGGGAGGCGGCGUUCUACACGUUCGGUGCGGCGGCGAUCGUCUGGUUCCCGUUCUGGGCCGCGUCCUCGUUCAAGGUUGUCAACGAUGCCGGCGGAGGCGGCAAGUACGGCGCGGAUUCGGCUGGGAAAACGGGCGUAAUCGACGAGUGGCUGGCGCUUGUGAAGACGAGGGAGGUGCGGGCCAUCUGCGUGGCGCAGUUUGCGCAGUCGUGGGGCGGGUACGGGCUCCUGUCGUGGCUGCCGACGUACUUCGAGGAGGCUCUGGGGGUACCCCUCGGCGAUCUCCCCGCGUUCACCGUGCUCCCUUACUUCAUACAGGGCAUCGUCGGCGUCGGCAGCGGCGUUGUCGCCGAUCAGUGGCUCCGCGAGGGAAAGUUUUCAACCAAAUUCAUUCGCAGGGCGUUUCAGACGGUCGGCAUGGUCGGACCCGCCGUUUGUCUCGCGGGCGCCGCCGUCUUGGGCGGCGCGGGCGCCACGGACGCCAACGUAUUUGCCGCCGCGGUGCUCGUGGACGUCGGCCUGGCGUUGAGCGCGUUGACGCUCGCGGGCGUGAGCGUAUCGCACCUCGACGUGGCGCCCCGACACGCGGGUUUGGUGUUUGCCACUGGGAACACGUGCGCCACGAUUGCGGGGAUAAUCGCCGUUCCGCUGUCGGGGUGGGUGCUGGAGGCGACGGGGCAGAGUUGGAGCGCGGUGUUUGGGGUCAUCGCGGUGUUGUACGUCGUGGGAGCGGCGUUGUGGUGGGCGUGGGUCGGCGACGAGCCGGUGCCGGAGGACUCGCUGUGACGAAACGCUCGUCCCAAAUCAUUAACCGUAAAUAGAAUAUUUAAACGACUGUGUCAUCAUUAACAAAACCGGAAACUGUU